GUGAGUGUACGGUUAGAUGGUAGGGUAUUUGUUGAUGUAUUUAUAUUUUCAAAAGAAAAGUAUAAGGGACUUAUACUCCAGUCUAGUAGGUGGCGGUAAUGCAUUUAUUGGACCGCCGUUAAAUCUCAUCGAAGAAGAAGUAGGGUUGUUCCGAGCUAGACACGAUAUUAUUUCUGCUUCUGCCAGAUAUAGGGAACUGAUUUUGUUUCAGUUUAUAAUAAACAAAGGCUUGAUAAGUAAACACCGUAGAAAUGGCAGAGGCGAUUCAGAAGAAAUUACAAUCGGAGCUUGAAAAAUACCAGCAGAUGCAAAAAGGUAUGUAGCUAACGUUAGCUCGCUAACUAGCUAGCUUGCUAGUUAACGUUAGCUAUAGCUAUAAUGUUACAUGCAUGGUCAAUCUUUGCUGGCAUGGUCAUUUCUUGUUACCUCAGCAGCUAACUAGCAAGUUACAUUUAUCUUGUUAUACUGUAACAGCUAGUUAUUAGGUAAAGUAACAAGUAACUUGCUAAAUGUGCAUUAUUGUUGACAUCUAACGUUAGACAACUGCCCUUUGCCAGCUGAUCUUCCAUACCCAUUUCAAGCUUAUCUUUAUAAAAACUAAAAAGUUGUUUCAGAAUAUUCAGGAGUGUUAGCUGGCUAACACCUUGAACCUGCUUUGUAGUAUACCCCUCUGAUCUUCCAUCCCAAUAAUAGGUCGUCGUAAGAUCCAUAGUUUGUACAGUUGGCUACACCCUAUACAGCACACCCUAUAUUGCAUACUAUUACCAUAAACAUGGAUAUUAGCUAUGUUCCAUAUACAUCACUAUCACUUGUCCUCGUGUACCCAAAGUUGUAAUUGUUCACAUGUGGAUGUCAAGACCCACACUGAUUUGCUAACGUUGCUUUUAUUCCCUGUAGAUGUUAGUAAGAGCAUGUCAGCCAGGCAGAAACUGGAGGCUCAGGUGACAGAGAAUAAUAUAGUCAAAGAGGUGAGUACACAUCUCUAUCCUUCUACUGUGGCGUUGAGAUUUCACAAUGGAUGUUCAGUCAAGUAUGAAUGAAUCCCAGUAUAUUUUCCAUUGCUGAUACACUUCAUUUCCAUCUUUCAGGAGUUGGACUUGUUGGACACCCAGAACACAGUUUACAAGCUUAUAGGUCCAGUUCUGGUGAAGCAAGACUUGGAGGAAGCCAAAGCCACUGUGGCAAAGAGGCUAGAAUACAUAAAUGGGGAGAUGUGAGUCUGAAAGAUAAUGUGUAUUCAUUUUAAUAACUGCAUAACGUUUGCGAAAUAACAACAGUUUAUCGCCCAAAGUAUAAAGUAUCUCGUCCAGAGGUGUAACACAUUUUUCUGUCUGUUUUGGGCUGUAGUCAAAGAUACGAGACUCUACUAAAGGACAUGGAGAAGAAGUCUGAUCAGCACCGUGAGGUCCUGUCUAGUCUGCAGCAAGAAUACCAGAGGGCUCAGGGCCUGGCUGUGGGCAAGGCCUGACCAGCAGGUGGCAUGGACGCACACACACACACGCACACACACUGGGAGAAAGAAAAGCACUGAAUCCAGCCGCAGAGCUUUGCUACUCACCCAACAAUAUUGCCAUAAAUCCAAUGACUUAUUGUCCUUUGUACUUAUUGUAUGCAGCUGUGCUGGGUGUUAGUGUGACUUCUGUUGCUGUUAUUAUUAUAAAUAAAUGGUUUUUCUUUAUUUGUGAUUAAA